AGUUGCUCCAAACGAAGCUCUCUGCCCUUGCAUCCUGCACCACUUUCAAAUCACUCUAUCAUCCUUUCUCAUUAGCGACUUCACUAUGUCAAAGCCAAAGCGUCGUAAUCAGCCUCAGGCCCGUCCGCGCGCUGCGCCCACGCGUUCCAAAGAUACAAUUCCUGGAGAAAAUGCUCUGGAAUUCCUCUUCAACUAUCGUCCUAAAUUCACCAAAUUGAAGAACUUUGAAGGCAGUAAUGGGACUCGUGAUCCUGCGCAGUACGACAUGCACUUGCAUUCCCAGCUAAUUCUCAAAGAUAUCGUCCUUUUCCCGGACAUGCUUAAUCAGCUUGCUGGUGUCGUUGAUUCCAAGCUCUGCCAUUCGGCCAGAAGCAAUGGGUCUCUACCUCAGGUUUUCCGUAAUAGCCUAUUGGAUCCAGAUAAGGUUAUCUUGAGCAUGGGGGACCCAGAGACAGGCUUUACGAUUGGCCCCGAAGUUGACCUCCAGGGAAAGUAUGAUAACUUACAGAAGCUUUCAUCUGUGGCGGCCUCAACUCUUUUUGCUGGACUUGAAGAAUGGUCAACCAUCUUCGGGUAUAGCAGUAAACCUAUAUCCAUGGCGCCUUGUGCUCUCGCGGACGGAUACCUCUCUUUGGACGAAAAGGCUAUCAAGAAGGCCAAAUUGCCCAAAGGACUUGACAGCGACCUCAAGCUUGUCAUCAAGAAGGGCUUGUCCGACUUCCUAUUCUGGGAGUUCAAGAGUAUGAACGCGGGAAGCGAAGAAGUCAUGCGAGCCAUUCGUCAUUUGGCUGGCUCAGAGUUUCCUUGGGUACGCUGUCCUACAUCCCAGAGUUGUAAUGGACGUUUUUGCAAGAAAACAAACAACAGGUUUCAGUUCACCAUCACGGGGUAUAAAACAGGCGAAGACGGGGAUAUUAUGGAAGAUGAGUCUGGCAUUUCGACGGAAAACGGAUUCAGGUUCAACAAGUCAAGCAUUGACUUCUCCGUGACACCCAUACCGGACCCCAGGGGAUGGAGGUUUCUGCGCGAGAGAAAGACAGCGCAGAAGAGAUCUAGAGUGAGGUCACGUUCGGACGAUGAUCCUGAUGAAGACGACGGAGAAACUGGAGGAGGGGAUAUAGACGAUGAUGGCGCAGAGGACAAUGCCAGAGUUAUGCUGCCUUUCACUCAGCAGGCUUUCGAGAAAGCAAAGAAAAUCAUUCAACAGAUAUGGGCCGAAGCCGUCAAUGUCGAUGCAACUUUCAUUGUAUUGAAUGCCGGAAGUCGAGAGUAUAUUGGCAUACGGGAUCGGAAAUUGCAGCGUCUCUACCUCUCGCCGUUCAUCGAUCUAGACAACCCUGAUACCGUUUCGCAGGGAUACUUCAAAAUCCACACCGGUCUGCAAAUUAUAGCUCUUCUCGAUGCGAUACAGCGCGCGAAGAAACUUCACGCACUGCGAGAAAUCCCAGAACUUUACACAUUUCAGUAUGAUCGGGGCGAACCGUACCAAGACAAGGCAUCGAACGCGGCCAAGGCGGCUAGGUCAUCCAAGCCGACAACGACUCCAAGGGAGGCAAAGGCAGAAGCUUUGAAAUCUGUCGAUACCGAUGAAGACGACUUCGCAGGAAGCAGCGUAAACUUUCGCCCGGUAGAAUUGAGGCUCUUGCAGCGAUUGCAAGAUGCAUGCUCUCUGAGGAUUUCGUGGAACGCGUAUAUAUCUGAUUUAGGGCAGGCGGGUAGCAUGAUAGUGACACGAUCGCUUAAAGGCCCUUUUCGUCAUAGGGGGGCUCAGAUCGAACUGCAUGUCAUGCAUCAUUACCCGCACAGCGCUCUUUCCUACUCUUGUUAUGCUGACGACGGGGACACCACCCUAGGAGGCAUCGUAAUCAAGGUCGCUCCGCCCGGCCGAGCGAAAGAAGGUUUAUUACAUGAGCACAAGAUGUAUAACGCUCUUUCGAAAAUCGAAGGCGUCGCCCCAAACCCUUGGGCUAGUCGAUCAUCUUGGACUCUACCGUGAAAGACACGAAGAAACGAUAGUACUCGUGCUUCUAGAUGGAGGUGAUCGAGUUUCCGCCAGGUUUAGAAGGGGUACUCCCGAUAAUGUCUAUUCCAAGGUCAAGGAAGCAGUUCGGCAGAUGCACUUUGCGAAGGUUACU